AUGAGCGGCGGUAGCGCGAGCGCCGCGCCCUUCGUCCGACUCGGCGAGGCGGGCAAGUGGGAGAUCCAGCCGGAGGGCGCGCAGCUGCUGCAGCGGAUUGAGGCCCCAAUCGUUGUCGUCGCUGUCGCCGGGCUCUACCGGACCGGAAAGAGCUUCUUCCUGAACACCCUGGCCGGCAACACGGCGGCGCGCGCGAAGGCGGGCUUCCGCGUCGGCUCGACGACCGAGUCGUGCACGCGCGGCAUCGACGUGUGCGUGCCCGACGGCGACGCAGGCCAGUGCAGGCGCGGCUCUCUCGUGCUGCUCGAUACAGAGGGCCUCGCGUCGAUGGAGCAGGACGAGGCGUACGACGCGCAGGUCUUUGCGCUCUCGCUGCUGCUCUCGAGCUACUUCGUGCUCAACUCGAUGGGCGUCAUCGACGAAGCGGCCGUCGACCGGCUCUACCUGAUCGGCGAGCUCUCGAAGCACAUCUCCCCUCUCGCGCCGGACGCCUACAUGGAGCGGGCGCUGGAGCCCCGCCCGUCGACAGCGCGGCGCGCAGCCGAGCGGAACGAGACGCGCGCUGCGAUCCGCGACCUCUUCCCGAGCCGCUCGUGCGCGACUCUGGCGCGGCAGGUGCGGCCGGCGGCGGAGGAGGCGGACGUGCGCCGCGCGAUCGGCCUCGAGGCGUCGCAGCUGCGGCCGCAGUUCGUCGAGGGGAUGAGCGCGCUCAAGCAGCGCAUCCUCGGCACGGCGCCGCCCAAGGCGCUGCUCGGCGAGCCGCUCGACGGGAGCAUGCUGGUGGCGCUCGCGCGGCAGUACACGGCGGCGAUGAACACCGAAGGAGUGGUGCCUUCGAUCAGGGGCGCGUGGGAGUCGGUGGCAGAGCACCUCGCAUCGGAGCGCAGCGCGGCGGAGCGCGCGGCACAGGCCGCCGCGCGAGAGGCGGAGGCGCGAGGCGCGCUCGAGGCGGCCACUGCGGCCGCCGCCGCGUUGCGCGAGCAGCUGGCGGCGGCCAAGCAGGAGGCCGAGGCGGCGCGCGUGGCGGAGGAGCUGGCCCGGCGGGAGGCGGUGGGCAAGGCGGUGGACGAGUACGUCGCCGCCGUCGAGGUUUCGGCGGAGGGGCAGCGCGCUCUCCGCGAGGAGCGAGACGCAUUGCUGGGCCAGUUGCGCGAUUUUACCGAGCGCGCCGCCGCCCAGAGGAUAUUUGCCAGCGACCACGUGCCGGACGAUUUUGUGGACGCGUUCGUGUCGGACCGCGACGGCGACUUCCCCUCGGGCGAGCUCGCCGAGAAGGCUGGCCAGAAGGCGGCGCAGGCGGCCGAGAAGAUCGCAGAGGCGGGGCUGGGCAACAUCGCGUCGGUCGCGUCCGUCGCCCUACGCAAGGGCACGUCGCCGCCCGCUGUCGGGCGGUGGGCACAGGGCCCGCUGCCCUCUCACGCUCCCUAUCCGGCGGCUGUAGGCGCGCCGCUCGCACAAAAGGCGUGGGCGUCAUGGUUUGGCGGAGACGGCGGCGAGGCGCCGCCCGAUGAUGAGUUCAAGCCGGAGGACCUCAAGCGGCUCCUCGCUGGCAACGGCGGCGGCGGCGGCGGAGGAUCGGCCGAGGGCGAUGCUUUUGACAGGGCUGCGGCGCAGGUGGCAAAAGGCGCAGCGGCGCCCGCCACGAAUCCUCCCACUGCUGACGUUGGGCCCGCGGCGGCGCCCAGACCCGACCCUGCGGUGGUCGCCGCCACCCCGGGGGUCCCAGCAGCCGCAGAGGCUGGGCCCAAGUCCGACGUAAGAACGUGA